AUGCCUCAAAACUUCAUCCAGGUUUGCGAAGUUUUUGAUGUUUGGGGUAUUGAUUUUAUGGGACCCUUUCUGCCUUCAAAUAAGUGUCUUUACAUUUUAGUGGCGGUUGAUUAUGUGUGUAAAUGGGCCGAGGCUAAGGCCUUGCCAACAAAUGAUGCAAGGGUUGUGAUAGAUUUCUUGAAACAAUUGUUUUGUCGUUUUGGUUGUCCUAAGGCCUUAAUAAGUGAUCGUGGAACUCAUUUUGCGAAUCACCAACUUGCUAAGGUGUUGAAGAGGUAUGGUGUUCAUCAUCGUUUCUCUACUUCUUAUCACCCGCAAACAAAUGGCCAAGUAGAAAAUACAAAUAGGGCAUUAAAACGAAUUUUAGAGAAAACCAUAGGUGGUAAUCCUAAAAAUUGGUCAAAGAAAUUAGAUGAUGCAUUAUGGGCUUUUAGGACCGCAUUCAAGACUCCACUUGGGACUACACCUUAUCGGUUGUUGUAUGGGAAAACAUGUCAUUUACCUUUAGAAAUAGAGCAUAAAGCUUAUUGGGCUCUUAGGAUUUGUAAUAUGGAUUUAAUUGAAAGUGGUGAAUUAAGAAUGUUACAAUUGAAUGAGUUAGAUGAGUUAAGAUUGCAUGCUUAUGAAAAUUCGAAGCUCUAUAAAGAAAGGACAAAGGUUUGGCAUGAUCAUAGGUUGAGAAAGAAAGAUUUCAAGGUCCCGAAGUGUCCAAAAGUAUUACGGCGUGGGUAUGACUUCAGUGAACCAGACACAAAUGACAACCACCGCUAUAGAGAUGGUGCGCUAACUUUGAGUGCUAAGAAUCAUCCCGCUGAACCACAUGAGUGGUUGCGUUUUCCAGGAGUGACAGGGAAUGAGCGUAUUCGUUACAUGAACCGGCUUCAAGACCUCAGGUACAAACAUGUCAUGGAACCCAAAAUAGUUAGUUUGGGGAUUUUGAGAAACUAA